GGACACACAGCUUUCAAGGCAGCACUUUGCCUUCAGCAGUCAGCAAUGACCAUUAACAGUCUCCAACAAGAGAAGAACUGCAAAGUCCAGAUGUCAUGUUUGGCCAAGAUGGAACGGCUGAUCGUGGCCAUGCAAGAUCCAGACAUGGGCAUCAAAAUGAGGAACCAGAGGCUACUGAUCACAGUUAUACCUCAUGCGAUGACAGGGAACGACGUGGUUGAAUGGCUAAUUCAGAAGCUUUCUAUCAGCGAGGAAGAGGCUCAGCACCUGGGGAACCUGCUGGUUAAGUAUGGCUAUAUCUACCCCUUGAAGGAUCCACGGAAUCUCAUCCUAAGAGCUGAUGACUCCCCAUACAGAUUUCAGACCCCGUACUUUUGGACUACAAAUAAAUGGCCGGCAACUGAGCUGGAUUACGCAAUUUAUCUUGCAAAGAAAAACAUCAGGAAGCAGGGGGAUCUGGUCGAAUAUGAAAAGGAUAAUUACAAUCAGCUGCACAAACGGAUUAACCACACGUGGGACUUCGUAGUGAUGCAGGCAAGGGAACAGCUAAGGGCGGCCAAGCAACGAAGGAAAGGAGACCGUAUUGUUAUUGAAUGUCAGGAACAGGCUUACUGGCUUGUCAGCAAACCAUCGCCUGGUUGCCUGAAUGUGAUGGAACAAGGGCCGGAGAGAGGAAACGCUUGUGCGGGGACAAUGCAGCUUGGAAAGAAUAUUGAUUUUUAUAAAAGGGAGAUGGAAUACUUGCAGAAAGCCAUGGGAAGAACGAGAGUGAAGUCUUCAAUCUGCCUCGAAGGCUUUCUGAAAUUCAGUGAACAAUAUCUCCCCCACGAUCCCAUCAUGUCUGGCUGCCUCCCGAGCAAUCCCUGGAUCACCGACGAUGUCACGUACUGGACCAUAAACGCACCCAUGGUGGCGAUGCCGAGCAAACUCAGGGUGGAUCGUUGGACCUUUAAUUUUAUGGAGCUUCUAAAUGAUCCACGUGGAAGGAAGGAGUUCCUGCAGUUCUUGGAGAAAGAAUUCAGCGCUGAGAACCUCUGUUUUUGGGAGGCCUGCGAAGAGUUUCGUUAUGGAGAGCAAGCUAAGAUCGCUUCAACGGUGGAGUCCGUCUAUCAGCAGUUUUUGGCUCCCGGUGCCACCCGCUGGGUAAACAUUGACAGCAAGACCAUGGAAAAGACUUUGGAAGGGAUAAAGAAUCCCCACCGUUAUGUGCUGGAUGAUGCGCAGAUGCAUAUCUACAUGCUGAUGAAAAAGGAUUCCUAUCCGAGGUAUCUAAAAUCCGAGAUGUAUAAGAACCUCCUCGGCCAGGCCUUUAUACCUCCGGAGACCAAGAAAGGGGUGUUCCCGUUCAUGAGAAGACAGCGACACUCCAGCCCUAGUCCAGCAUUCCUACUGCCCCAGGGAGAACAAGAGGCAAGAACAGAACCGCUCACCCCCGCAGCUGUUUCCCAGUUUGGUCACUUAAGCAAUCCUCUGGCUGCGCUGCCUGAAGCAACCCUACCUACCUGCCCUGAAGAACUCCAGUCUUACUCCUCCCUUUGCCUGGAAGCCCCACCCAUCUUCACCUUCCCGACUCCCACCACAAACGGCGCUGAGAGCCAUGAAAAUCCUCUUGGAAGAGAGUCCUGCUCCUGGGAUCCAUCCUGUACAGCCCAAGAGACCCACAGACUCCAGGAGGAGCAGCAAGAAGAGGAGAGCAUCUUAACAUCCACAGCACUUUGAGCCUGGUCAUCCCAAAUUCUAGUCAACACCCAAUGGUGCCUUUAUUUAGUGGCAUGCAUGUGGCACUGAUGGAAUCCUUCACCUGGCACACAGACUGGAGCAAUGGGUGUAUUCUGUCUAUGGCUCAUUUCCUACUCUGUAUAGUUGUAAUUAUGGUUUGCCUGUAAAAUUGUAUAGAUGAAAGUCACAUGUUUUAUUCCUGACACUCCAAGCUGGGAGUUGUAGUUCAUUGGUGCUGUAGUUAUGCCGAGGAGGCAGCAGUGAAUGGUGGAUUGUAAUACAAAAGAUGCUUUGGAUUCACUAGUUACAAGGUUGGCACAGGAGUCCCGGGAACAUUUUGGAAUAUUUUCUGCCCAUGUAAUAAUCUGCCCAUGUAAUAAUCUGUCCAUUUAAUCAUUUGCCCAUGUAAUAGUCUGCCCAUGUAAUAGUCUGCCCAUGUAAUAUUCUACCCAUGUAAUAGUCUGCCCAUGUAAUAGUCUGUCCAUGUAAUAGUCUGCCCAUGUAAUAGUCUGCCAUAUAAUAAUCUGCCCUUGUAAUCAUCUGCUCAUGUAGUAGUCUGCCUAUGUAAUAGUCUGUCCAUGUAAAAGUCUGCCCAUGUAAUAGUCUGCCGUGUAAUAUUCUGUCCAUGCAAUAGUCUGCCCAUGUAAUAAUCUGCCCAUGUAAUAAUCUGCCUAUGUAAUAGUCUGCCCAUGUAAUAAUCUAUCUAUGUAAUAGUCUGCCCAUGUAAUAUUCUGCCCAUAUAAUUGUCUGCCAUGAAAUAUUCUGCCCAUGUAAUAGUCUGCCCAUGUUAUAGUCUGUCCAUGUAAUAUUCUGCCCAUGUAAUAUUCUGCCCAUGUUAUAGUCUGCCAUACCGCAGUUAGUCAGCUGAACGUUAGCCUACGUCCACCCCGUCAACAUUCUAUUGUUCCGCUUCUGUGACAUCACAGAGGGGUGGGUGUGGGUAUAUAAAUGAAGGAGUGCAUUGAGUUAGGGUCGGGUGUGGGCACUGCUGGGCCAGGUUAGGGACGAGUGCGGGUCGAGAGCAUUCACCUUGCAGUUGUACAAAUGCAGUUAUUACAUGGGGUUUGAUAUUUUUCACAAAUAAUAAUGAGUAAGUGGAAGUGUUCUAGGAAAUAACUGGUCUUGAGUCAUAACGUGUGCACCGAGGUGGAGCUACAAGUAGAGUAAGAUGCUCAUCGCUUAUCCCAGGAGAGUUGUACAGACAUUAAAUACAUUUAUAUAACACAAUAAGACACAGAGGAAUUAAUGCUGCUGCUAAUUCUUAGGAAAGCUGGAAACCUUAAUGGAGUUGGGAAGCGCAUGUAUAGUAACAUGGUAUCACUUGUGCCAAGGAAUCUGUACAGGAAAUACAUGUGUAUAAUAACAAUAAGGAACACAGGGGAGCGGUGAUAACAACUGUAAUAAACAGACAUGUUGGGGGUUAUUUACUAAAAUCCAAAUUUAUCUCAUUUUUUAAAUAAAAAAAAACACUCCCAUA